GCCGCCGCCGCCGCCAAGUCGAUCCGCGUCACUUCGGCGCUCCUGCCGCUCCUGGCGCCGCCAUGGCCCCGGCCCUCUGGCCGCUUCUCAGCCGCAUCUUCUGUCUCGCCUGCCUCCUGCCCUUGGCCCCGGCAAGGGUGGCCGCAGGCCUGUAUGAACUCCGCCUUACCACCGAUGGCCCUGCCACCACGGGGGCAGAGGUGACCAUCACGGCCAGCCUGGUGGCCAGCGACAACGGCAGCCUGGUCCUGCCCACCAACACCCACCUCUCCCGCUUCCACUGGAUCCAUACCCCGCUGCUGCUCACGGGGAAGACUGAUGAGGCUUUCAGCUCGACCAUCCGUGUCGUGGGGAAUGUGCCUGGGGACUUCCCGGUCUCUGUCUGGGUCACCGCCGCCAACUGUUGGAUGUGCCAGCCUGUGGCGAAGAGCCUCCUUGUCCUCCCCAUCACAGAGUUCCUCGUGGGGAACCUCGUCGUCACCCAGAACACCUCCCUGCCCUGGCCCAGCUCCUACCUCACCAAGACGGUCCUUAAAGUCUCCUUCCUCCUCCACGACCCCAGCGACUUCUUCAAGACUGCCUCGUUUCUCUACAGCUGGGACUUCGGAGAUGGCACCCUGAUGGUGACUGAAGACCCUAUGGUCUAUUAUAACUAUUCGAUCAUUGGAACCUUCACCGUGAAGCUCAAAGUGGUGGCAGAAUGGGAGCAGGCCACACUGGACGCGGGGAAGGGCAUCCUGCAAAAGACAGGCGACUUCUCCGCCUCCCUGAAGCUGCAGGAAACCCUUCAAGGCAUCCAGGUCUUGGGGCCCACCCUAAUUCAGACCUUCCAAAAGAUGAUAGUGACCUUGAACUUCCUGGGGAGCCCCCCUCUGACCGUGUGCUGGCGUCUGAAGCCCGAGUGCCUCCCGCUGGAGGAAGGGGAAUGCCACCCAGUGUCAGUGGCCAGCACAGCUUACAACCUGACCCACACCUUCAGGGAUCCAGGGGACUACUGCUUUAGCAUCCGGGCUGAGAAUGUCAUCAGCAAGACGCAUCAGUACCACAGGAUCCAGGUGUGGCCCUCCAGCAUCCAGCCAGCUGUCUUUGCUUUCCCAUGUGCCACACUUAUCACCAUGAUGCUGGCCUUCAUCAUGUACAUGACCCUGAGGAAUGCUGCUCAGCAGAAGGACAUGGUGGAGGUGGCUGAUUUUGACUUUUCCUCCAUGUCUGACAAGAACUCGGAGCCACCCGCUGGGGUCAGGUGCUGCUGCCAGAUGUGCUGUGGGCCCUUCUUGCUGGAGACUCCAUCUGAGUACCUGGAAGUCGUCCGUGAGAACCAUGGGCUGCUGCCACCCCUCUACAAGUCUGUCAAAACUUACACAGUGUGAGCCCCCCACCCCGUCUCAGUGUUAACUGACUGCCGACUCGGCGCUUAGCGCAGGGUGGUGCACGCCAUCAAGCAGGGGGGGUUCAUGUGUGUGGGGCAGUCCACUGGGGCCAGCCAUCCAUCUUUAUAGUCCAGCUGCUGCCACAGCCCCCCGUGACAAGCCCCCAGCCACCCAUCCAUCUGUACAGUCCAGCCACUGCCGUGAGCCCCACCCUACUGCUCGCCUUUGAAGAGGCCCCAGGGGGACUUCCACAUUCGACAUGGUCCCUGUUCUCCCACAGGUGUACCCGGCUGCCCCUCGCUCAUUCUGCCCAUAUUGGCAUGUCUGCCAUCCUUCUGGGGUUCGCACUUCCCUCCCCCAGGCAGCCCUGCCCAGGUCAGAGCUAGGAGGGAGGUCACUAAUGGUCAAGGAUACAUCAAGAAAGGGCCUACAAACAGACAAGUGCAUACAUGUACACACACACACACACAAACACAGAAAUACACACGUGUCACACAAGCAUCUCACGUGAUUUCCUCUGUAUCCCUUAAGUACCCUGAAUUAGAACUAAAAUGAAAUCUGACCUUCUCCACAUGGCCGUGACAGCUCCUGGGCCUGGCCGCUCCCUUUGUCACUGCCCCUGUGGCUACUGGGUCCCAUUCUAAGGAUACCCUGUUUCCUGCCUGCUUGCUGGGGGCCUGGUGGGGGCAGGGCUAAUACUUUGUAAGUGCAAAGUGCUUUAUAAAUAGCACCUUCUUUUGUUGAGACCAUGUUAACUUCCACUGAGGAAAAGGCCUUGCAGCAAAAGAGGAGUUGAGCCAGUGGGGACUGGAGUUCCCUGUGGGGAUGAUGUUCUGCUGCCCCACUGCUCCCUGGGUGGCCUUGAGAAGGAAGAGGCGGGACUGGACAGAGCCAACAGUGAGGGAACCAGCCCACCUCUCUCCCUUCUGGCCCAGCGGCCUGGGGGAGGCAGAGCACGUGGAGAGAGCGCGUCAUGGGUACAGAGGGAGACCAGGAUUGGGCCGUGGUCUGACCGUGCAGUAGUGCCCAGAGCAGCCUGGGCCUGUGUGGGGAGGGUGGGGCAGGGCCGGGCAGGUGGAGCUCUGUUGCUGUACGUUUGCUCUCAGACUUUGUGCUGAAAACAGCAUUCCUAAGGUCGUGCGGCUCAUUCUCAUGAAAUACUGCCAUUAUUGCCGAAUAAAGCUUGUGUGCUCUAAACAUAGCCAAGC